AUGAUUUCUGCUAUUCAACAAAGCGAUUUUGACGUAGAAGAAGAAAUUGGGGAGGUGAGACUCAUUUGGAAAGGUCAACCUACGUUUCACGUAUUGUUCAGUUCGCCUGCAAUGAUACGAGCUUCUGUUCAUAUCAAAUAAAGGAUGACAAGACUGUGUACGCGUUCUGUUCGGGACCGGCUAUCCUUAUUGGCGACGGAAUGGGAUGUUCGAAGUCGAUCAUGACAAGAUUCGAAAUGGAGUUUGAUGUCAAAAAGAUCUUCCAUCACACGUUUAUUCUGGCGAAACACUCGGAAAAAGAGAAAGAAACGAAGCGGAAAGGGAAAGGAGAACGGAAGGAGCACAGUCCAAAGCCGAGAGAGUUCCUCGUCGUCUGUGGGGAGCAUCGCAUUGUCUUCCUUUCACUCCCGGAUUAUCACUUUUAUCACUAUGAGAUUCCAUUCAAGGUAUUCAACCUCCCCUUUUCAGCAAUUCAGUCAUGUUUUUUCCAGCUCCGGAACGUGUUUUCCUGCUCGAACGCAAUCCUCGUCGAGCGCUUCUACGACUCCUCCACCGAACAGAAUUUCCAUAAUCACGACACUUUUCAUCUUUAUUCUCUGUCCGGUCCAUUCGGAGAACUGCUUCCUGUUAUUUAUAAAACCAAUGGAUUCCAUCCACAAUGGAAAUUCUGCUGGCAAUCACAUCAGGACGAAGCGGGAAUGGUGGACACUGCGAAUAACUUCGUGGUCGUUUACGAUCAAAAGGAGAAGGUGCACCGCAUUUAUAUGGCACGGGAGACCGAAGAACAAGAAGUGCACUCGGCCAUUCGGUACGUGGAAACUCUGCGGAAACAACACGAUUCGACAAUGUUCGCCUCUAGUCUCGCUCCACAAUCAGCGCCCAGAACCACUUUCGAACCAACUACCAAGUCUCCAGCCAGUCUGUUUCCGCUAUAAUUUUUGAGUUAACAACUAAAGUAUUCAGUGAUUGCCCUUUCCGAAGUGAAAAUUCGGACAUUGAAGGACGAUCCCCGUUGA